UGUGUGUUGAUUGACGCGUCGAACGCUCUGUUUCAGUUCACCCCUUUUCUAGUUGUCAUUCACACUAUUCGCCCACUUGUCUUACAAUGUUUGCUGUUCCAGCAAAUCCGGUACCACGAACUCUUCUCACCGACGAGGAGGUUCGUCAUCUUUACGGAAAGCAGCGAUGUCUCAACAAACUCUUUGAUAAUCCGAGAGUUGCCCACCCCGCAAUCCACCAAACAGUGGUCUUUAUAUUUGACUCCCUCAGCUCAAUUAUUGCUCUUAACAAACUACCUCAUACAAAAGAAAAUCGGCAACAAGUCGAGUGCGGAUUCAAGUCAAUGCAAUAUCUCGAAGACUUGAUCAUUCGAAUUGUUGUACGCGGAGAAGAUCCGGCUGUAAUACACGAAGGACACCUACGUCACUGGGAAGCUGAAAUGUGCAAAUUGUCAUCCCCUAUUUAACUGUUUUAUUUGUAAAUAUCUAGCAUACUAUUCUUCCUGUUACAACGUUUUUCCACCGUUUGACUCCCUACAUUCUGUUUAAUAAUUAUUGAUUGCCAACUCCCAUGUUCGUCACUAAUAAACUAUCAUCAAAC